AUGCCUAGCGAAACUGCAACCAAAGUGUUUACAAAAGCUUCAGAGCAUAACUUUGUCAAAAUGGAUGACGUUUUUUACACUGGAAUUGUGACACAAAGCUUGAAUAUCACUGUGAAUGGGUUUGGCGGGGUUGGAGAUGUAAGUUAUCAAUUAUUUUUUUUAUUUAUAAAUAAUUUUCGUACUUUUUUUUAAAAGAAGAGUGCGUUUAAAAAGUAAUGUCGUUUUUUAACAUGCUGAACAGUUUAACUAAGCGACAAGAUUUUUUGCACACAAAUAUUCAAUAUUUUAGUCAACAAAAAAGUGUUUUAAAAUUUUAAGCCAAAUAAUUAAAAAAUUUUGUUAAAUUUUUAUAAAAUUUUAGUUUGAAAUAGACAUGUGUCACGGUGAACUCCCUCUACCCACCGUUGUUCACACUGAUCGACGGCCUAAAACUCUAUAUGCCAAGUGGUACAAAUUACAGUUUUGUGCUAAACUUGCAGCUGAACUAAAGAACUCUACCAUCGUACCUCAUAUUGAUUAUGAUGUAUAGUUUUUUUGGGGCUCAGGUAAUAUAGUACCCCGUGAUAUUAUAAUACCCCCAGCAAUAUUAUAGUACCCCAACUUGAAUUUAUUUAUUUUAAAGUAUAUUUCGUGGACAAAGCGGUCCGAAAACUCUUUGUGUCUACUUAGUGGGGUACUCAACUACUUAGUAUAGUACCCCACUAAGUAGAUGAGUACCCUACCACAGAGUUUGGUACUAUACGAAGUAGUUGAGUACCCCCCUAAGUAGUCGAGUACCCCACUAUGUAGAUGAGUACCCCACUAAGUAGAUGAGUACCCUACCACAGAGUUUGGUACUAUACUAAGUAGUCGAGUACCCCACUAUGUAGAUGAGUACCCUACCACAAAGUUUGGUACAACACUAGGUAGUAAUAUGUCCAAACGAAUUUAACUUACCUAGAAAAUUCGUACUUGUUAGCAACGGUGCAGUGAUCAGAAUUUGAUCCAAACCAUUGUACCCACGCCUGCUCUGUAUUGAUAGUUCUUCCUGGAAUGCCAUGGGAAUUUUGGAGGCAUCAUGCGGUCUAGAUCCGAAAGUGCCCGACCGUCCAUGACCGAAAUGGAAACGAAACAAUAAAUAAAAUGAAUCGGAUUUCCGAUUACGCAACUUUUAAAAAAAUGAAAUAAAAAAUCGUCAGAAAAUUUAUUUUUUUGGAGUACUAUAAUGCAGUAAGUUUGUGGGGUACUAUAUUACAACUUUUGGGGGUACUAUAACUCUUGAGCGCCGUUUUUUUAUAUACUGUGAAGAGCUCUUGUAUAACGAAUCGCUUAGAAAAAAAUGUUUGUUGAUACGUUUUGGUCUUUGGAUGUAGAAGAGUUCAUCACAGCGGUGUUCGUUACAGAAGAUUUGUUAUACAUGAGUUUUACUGUGCUUAACUUUUUAUUAUUUGUUUCACCAGUUGUCUGUUAUUCUAAAAACGCUUCUUUCACAGCUCUUCUUACAGUAAUAUUAACUUACAGUACGCCUUUUCUUUCUUUUUACAGUUUUUUUUUGAAAUUCUUCCCAAUUUGAAUACGAAUUAUAACAAAAUGUUUAGUUUAUGUUAAUGUAUGUAACAUUAUGUAAAUCACUCUUCUCAUUGACAAAUUUUAUGGUUUUUAUUCUUAAUGACACACAGAAUAAAUUUUAAAAUUAUUUUCUAAAACUUGUCAUGUUUUAUGUGUUUUUAAUAUUUUUUGUCAUCAAAAGCAUCAAAUGUCAACAGUUCAUUGACAGGGACUUUUACGUAUGUUUAAAAUUUUUAAAAAAUUGUUUUUAUGGUUUUUGUUAGUAAAUAAAGUAAGUAUAUUGUAGUAGGAGGGAUAGUACAGUGCCAUAAAUAAGAAUAAAAAUUAAUUUUUUAGGUAAUUGAAUUUGAUGGUUAUUACGAUCCAUUUGUUCAUAAUAAAGAAUGUCGAAAACAAAACGCGAAGUGGACGGCCGCUGCCAUUGCUAAUCCUUCUGAUUACGAAAAAGUAAACGGUAAGCUAUCAUUUUACAGUAAGCUAUAUUGUUACAGGAAGCUAUAAUUUUAAAUCUUUGUCCCUGACCAGUUGGUAUAAUAUAUUUAAGUUUGAGCUAAUUUUGAUUUUAAAACUGAAUUUAAAUAUAAUUUAACGCUAAAAAUUCAAAAUUAAAAAAUUUUUUUUUUGAAAAACGUAAUUUAAAAAUUGAAAAACAGAAUUAAUUUUUUUUCAAUUUAGCGCUCUCAUCAGCGAACGAGUUUGUGGUGAUUGGAAUGUACACCUACAACGGCAACACCUAUUGGAUAGAUCGAAGAAGCUCCAAAAAUGUCAAUUACUUUCUUCAGGUAAGCAGGGGAGAAGCUUGUAAGUAGGCCGGUCUUAGUGACCUGUCAAAGAACCGAGCCUAAUGGGUCUUCUUUUAUGUGAGAACAAGGCCUAAUGGGUCUUCUUUCGGGUCUAAGAGACGAUGAGGGGAGGGGCAGCAAGGAGAGUAUGUUCAAAUUUUAAAAAAACUCAGAGGCUAAAGAGAAUUGAAAUUUUUUAAUUUCUUAACAUUUUUAAAGCAUCUUAUAUCUAAUCCUAAUCAAUUUACCUUUAGACAGCAGAAAUACCACAAUCUCGAUACUUGCCAAACGAAAUGUACCUUCACUACAUGCAUGACAGUGUGGUGGGUUAUUUCAGGGCAAAAGCUGUUGGGGAUGACUAUCCUUAUAAUCCAAAAAGAAAAUAUCUAUGCCAGCAACUAAAACAGGACGUCUUCCUCCUGAACUAUCAUAGUGUUGUAGGUUUAAUCUCACUUUAUAUUGUUGUUAUUAAAACGAAGUUUACAAGUUUAUAAAGCUUGUUUGGUCAAGAUUUUUUUGAAUUUUUUUGUUACUGCAACAUGUUGUAGAGUAUUAUUUUUCAUUACUGCAAUAUGUUGUAGAGUAUAUCCAAUCUGCUCAGCACAGAGAUAUUAAACUUCAAAGACAUCUGUAGCAGAAAAAAAGCUGAAACAUCAUAUUAUGAAGACUACGCGACGCUGGACGAAGCUAUACGUAAGGAAUAAUUAAAAUUUUUUAACUUAAAAAAUUUUUAAUAUGAGAAAAACGAGAAAAAACUCUACCCUGUUUUAUUAUUAUUUCAUUUUUCAACCGUAUUUUAUUAAAUUUCUAAAAAAUUUCAGAAGAAGCCUUGUACAUGUCGAUUAAAGAUCCUCUCCGUACGGAAUUCGCAAUGAUCAGUUUGGUCACAACUAAUGGAGUGACAACAUGGGCCGAGCCUUUUGCUAAUAAGCCUGUUAGUCAAGAUAUUAUAAAUCAAAUCGAAAACUACGAUGAUAUUGUCAAACAAGAAGGGACCUUCUACUACUUUGUUCAUCUUCGCUACCCGUCGAUUGGUGUGAUUCACGGCGAACAAUGGAACCAAAUGCCUCGAGCCAACACGCUUCUUUGUAGCAUCAAAAAUUGACUUUAAAUUUAAAAAUUUUUAAUUGUUAGUGAAUUAUGCUUGCUUUUGAGUUUUUGAACAUUUUUAUGGCUUUUUGCCAAAGUAUUUUAAAAUUAAAUUUAUAAUACAGGGUGGCCAAAAGUUCUGUUACACGGUUUUUGUAAAAAUAGCAAAUGAACUAAAACUUAAUAUUGAUGAAGAACUUUUGUCCUCAGUCUACAUUAUUUUACACGGUCAAAAACGACAAGACUUUUUUUUAUUUUUGCAAAACCUUAUAAACAAAAAAUUUCAUUUUUCAAAACAUUUGCUCUAUAAUAAAAUUAUGCAUAAAACAGUUUAGAAAAAAUAUAUACGGUCAUUAACAGUAGUUUGACAAAUUUGAAAAUUUCACAUAAAAUUCAUUUGAUUGACUUUAUUCAAAACACAAUUUUGUGAAUUUUAAACUCUUACUUUUAAUGCGAUAUAAUGUUACGUGCUUUACAUCGUAUACUUGUUUUACUUUUGCUUCAUAAUUGUCAUUGUGAUGAACGUUAUUAUGUAAGUUAAAGUUAAGUCAACUAAGCUUUAAAUUAAGUAAACUUGGCUUUUACUGUUAAAUACAAGUUUAUAUUAACAUUUAUUUUAGUUGCAAGGGAACAAACUUAAAAACCUAGCUAAUAUUCACCAUGCUCUUUUUAAUUAAUUGCUAUAAAUCACCCUGCCCUACAUUAAACAUGCUGAUUUCAGACGAUAAAACUAGACGGAUUAACGGAUCCAUGGGUUUACAAUCACGAAUGCCAAAAGCAGAAUAAGUUAGGAUCGGCCGCUGCCAUAGGAGACGAUGAUAACUACGAUGAAGUGAUGUGUAUGUUACCGUGUUUAAUAUCUUUUUAUACAUAUAAACUUACUUUUUAAAAAUGUUUUAAAAAAUUACAGUAGCAAAAGCCUUUUUUCAAAAUUUUUCAAGCUUCAGAUUUUUUCAUAUCUCCCCCCCCUGUUUAACAAAAAUUUUUUCAAUUUCAGAUAAGAACUACCCCGAUGAAAUAUUUAUUGGAAUGUACACCUACCGUCAGAAAUCUCGCUGGUUCGACACUCAACAGGCAUUUAACGUCAACUACAUGCUGGCUGCUGUAACAAAUCUUUAUGGUCCCCCUCCGAUUGGAGACAUAUUACUGUAUUACUUUUCGAGCGACGGUAGCAAUGCUUACACUCUGAAGUCAAUUGAUAUUUUUUCAAACGGCGAACACACCUAUCUCUGUCAAGUUUUACAAAAUCGAGUUCCUGAGUUCAAAACAAGCACAGUCGUAAGUAUUUUUGAAGUAAAAUAAACUUUUUUAUUACUGUACCAUACAAAUAUUUUUAUUAAGGUAUUUAUUUAAAACUUGGCGUUUUUUAACUUGCAAAACAAUGCAAAUUGACGCCAAAACUUUUGUUUAGUAAUAUCCCUUUUAUAGAGCAAAGGCAACCUUGAGUCAAUUAAAGUCGACUCUACAGAAGCUUGUGGCGCAUUCAGCUUGGAUUCUUCGUAUUUUGAAAACGAAAGGGCUUUCGAUCACAUGAUCAGUAAGAUACUAUCACACAUAUACCUAGAGUUUUAAAAUAUCUUUAAAAAUCACUUUUAUCUGAAUUCAAAGCUAUAAUAACUAGAUUUACUAUAAUAUUAAGCUGAUACAAAAGUCUUGUCGUCAAUUUGCACGGUUUUUGAGGAUAAAAAGCGACAGAACUUUAUCAUUUCAUAAUAACACAAGUUAUAUGUCUUAAAACUUCAGGCGAGGCCUUAUAUGGAACAAAAGACAAGAUGCGCACUAAAGCCGCCAUGAUAGGACUGGUAACCGUGGACGGUGUAACCCGAUGGUCGGCGCCCUUCCAAGACAAGCCUGUCGAUCCCUACAUUAUCAGCCGAAUCGUUAAUUAUGACGAUAUUGUCAGUCAACAAGGCACCUUCUACUAUUAUGUAUGGCUCAGAUACCCGGCCGUUGGGGACAUACACGGUAGCAGGGAAAGAUACCUUCCAAGAAUCAGUACCAUCAUUUGUAACGAAAUACAGUAAAUUUGCAUAAAAGGUAAAAAAUAUGGAUGAUACAAUAAAAUUUCUAAAUAAAUAUAUAAUUUUUUAUACUAUAAUUUAAAAAAAUAAUUUUUACUAGUUUUAUUCAAUUUUGUCGUUUUAAAAUUAAAUUCGAACUCAAAACAAAGCAAAAAAGAAAGAUAUGACACAAAAAAAUGAAAUUUGCGUCAAGUCUCUCGCUUUUCGGCUUGAAAGCGGAAAAAGGUUUUUCAAAUUAUUUUUCCGGAAAAAAUGAGGAAAUCCCUUUGGGUAAUAUCGUUAACUUUGAAAAUAUGAAAGAGUGUGAUACUAUUUAUAUUUUUACACAUUUUUUUUUUGAUUUAUUAUUUUUUUUCGUUAUUUUAUUCAACUGUUUAUUUAUUGUUUUUGUUCUAUGGCUAGAUAUUACCUAUUUUAAUAUUCUCUCUUAUUUUUAGAUGGCCACAACUCCGUCCAGACGAACACCAAAGUCUCUUACACCUAAAGGUAAGUGUUUUCUUUAUGUUUAUUCUGUUUUUAGGUAACAAUAGUGUUUUACAAAGGAAAACGGUGGAGAUUGCCAACAGAUUGGUGUGCAUGCGAGAUGAGGCCUGGAAUCUAGUUAACUUAUGGAAAGAGGUUCAGCAAAAUGUAAUUAAGUUUUGUUUUAUGAUUAUGUUGAAUAAUAUUUGGUAAAAUAAGCGAAAGGUUGAUUAAAACGAUUUAAAAUUAUAUUGUUUUAGAUGUUGGACUACUUUACCGAGCAAAAUAUGGUGUGUUGGGGACUGGUUGAAGUAAAACAUCUUGAGAGAACGGAGAAACAUUUUAAGAAGUUUACAAACUUACUUAGUUUGGACAAUUUGACUGAAUUUGAUGUAAGUUAGUCUGUUAAAGUUUUAUAUAGUCUAUUAUAAUAUCUACUUUAAUAUUUUUGACUUUUUGUAGAAUAAGUUUUUUUUAUUAGUUCUUGACAUUGUUGAAACAUCUUAGGUACAUUUGCUUGUACUAAUAUCUAUCUUUAUUAUUUUAGAGGCUUUUCAAGUUUUUUAUGGAUCAAUAUAUGCCAGCGAUACGAGUAAUAUGUGGUGAUAAUCGAGAGACACGUGAUACAUUUUUGGAAACUGGUCAACUUUUAACAUCGUUAUGCUUAGUUAAUGGAGAGGUAAGGGUUUAACUUAUCUUGUUAUGCUUUUAAAUAUGUAUUCUUUCUUUGUGUAUAAUUGGGCAACAAUUGAUGCCAGAAGCUGGUUAAGAUUUAUUUAUACGUUCGGCUAGAAAAUUUGACUUUUUAAUCAGCUUUGAGAACAUGCAUGAAGUUAAGUUAAUUUUUUUAGCAAUACAACGCGAUAAGAAUUCUAUUACGAAUGGUGCAGAUGGACAGUAGUUACUCGCAUGUAUUUAUCAAUAUGGCUUGUUACGUAGCGUUGAAUUUGGGUGAUGUACAAAUGUACAAACUAAUACGAUUGAAAGUGAAACAGUCAAAGGAUGUGUUGGUUAAAUGGCUAUCUGCCAUGGACUUGUGGGCUCAGUCAUUAGAGAAGGAUUCGUAUGAUGUGAGUUUUAAUUGUUUUAUUUAUGAUCAUAUUAGGUGGUUCGUUUAAUGAUGCGUCCCCCCCCAUUUAUUUUUUAUUUACUUUUAUGAUGUUUUCAGGCAGGACUAGUGAAGAAAGCGCUAAAACUUCAGUACGAGUACUCAAAAGAUUGCCAAUUCACAUAUUUUCUAAGCUUGGCAACUGUAUCCUUGAGGCAUGUUCUGAUCAACGAGUCCAAGAAACCGAAUGCUGACAUGACACAAACUAAAGAUACGUUGAUGCAUCAACAUUGCAUAUACGAUCAGUGCUUUGGAUGUGUAUGCGGGAAUCUGGAGUCGGUGGUGGACUCUAAUGGAUUCUUUCAGUUGUUUUCAAAGAAAAAGGACAGGUUUUUUGGGAUACGUAAGUUGGGGGUAGAGUUGGGUUCUUGAUUUUGGUUAUGUAUUGAAGGAAAGGGCUGAACGACAUUUUUUUCGGGUUUUAAUUAACAUUGCAGACCACAUUGAAAUUAAAAAAAUAAAAUUUUCAGUUGACACGACAUUUUACGUGUAUACCUACAUUGAAGCCACAAAGGACUUAAUAUUUGGUAUGAUAGACGCUGGACUUAUGCGUGAAGCCGAAUCCAGAUCUAUUGCUAAUUUGGGUGUAACAAUUUCUUUAAUGUCCCCAUUCCGAACAUACGAAGCCUUGAAUCUGUAUUAUUAUGUGAGGAGCGAAGUUACAGUAGAACAUCACAAUUUAUCAACUGUUCUGAAGUGGUACAAUGCGUUGAUUUAUCCACAAAAUGAUGCUGAUGACCAACUUGGAGACUUGACGGAAAAAAUGUAAAAUUUUUGAUUUUGAAUUGACAUUUUUCGAAAAACGACAUAAUUUUGGACCUAAAAAAUAAUCUUCUUUCUUUAAGCAUUUACAAGAUCUACUACAAUAUUUUUUGAAUGUAUUAUGAUCAAUGCUAUUUUAGUGCCAAAAUUCAACUAAACUGUCAAAAGUACCAAUACCAUGAAAUACCAGUUCUACCAAUGUCACGACAUCCACGGUCUUGUAAAUGUUUGAAUUGUCUUAUCGAUUCGUACAGCCUAAAUCAUACCUACACAGUGAUGAGAAAUGAAUUGAGUGUGGCGAAGGUAAUGUGUAAAGGAUUGAAAGGCAUCAAACCAGAAUUGGACUUGGUUUUCGAUACUUUAUUGGACUAUUAUACUAUGGAGAGGAAGGCUGCUGAAGUGGAACUUGAACAAAAGGUAUGAUUUUCAUAUAAUAGUAAAGAUAUAGUAGAAGGUAUUAUUUUGAACUUGAUAUUGUAGUAAGGUCACGUAGAUGUUAACGUUUUUUAAAUUAGGCUUUGAAAACCAUAAUAAAUAUGGUUUUAAAACAUGUCCUUCAAAUAUGUUGAGGUAUAAUAUAAUAUACUGUUUUAGGUCGAAAGCUACACACCGUUGAAAGCGUUUCGUUUGACCAUUUACAUUGCCAAAGGCUUUAUAAAAUCACUGAAGAAUGUGAAGAACGACGACUUGAGAAAUGGUUUGAUCGCCAAGGUUUUAAAGGUAAAAGAACCGUUUACUGUUAGUAAUAAGAUGGUAUUAAUGAAGCCUGUUCUUCCACUAUUUCUUAAACCUUUAGUAACUAGUAAUAAAAUUAUUUUGUUUUACUAAUUCUAAAUUUUUAUUUUCAGUUAUUCCAAAGAAGCAAAGACUCAAGGAAUCGAAAUAUCCUCAGAGCACCGUACUUACUAUUACUCCACUAUACUCGACCAAAUCCCGAGCUUUUUCCUUACCCAUGGCUUCAUCCCAACAAACCAGCCAAUGCUGUGGUAGCGAUGACAAAGGACUACUUGAGUGCCAUAUUGUUCGAAAGGGAUGGUAAAGUGUUUGAAGCCUACAGUGAAAUGAAGGAAUAUCGACAUUUACUAUACCGAGAAUGGAGAUACGAAGUGGCUACGUACUUGGCCGCGAACUGUGAGUGCUUGUUGAAGGCGCUACGUGCAUCUCAUGUAGCUUUGUACUUUACAGAGAGUAUGGCAGUCUCGGUUAGGGCGUCGAUUCGCCGGAAAUUGCAUCGGAAGAUUGAGCACGAAAAUUUAAAGGUAAAAUUUUUAAAAUUGGGUAUGGUGUUGAGCCGGAAUGAGUGAUACUAGUUUGAGGAAGAACAAUUUUGUAAUUUGACUUUAAUCAUUAACAAAGCAAAUUUUUAGACAAAUUCCGAAGAAACCUUGAAGCCAUAUCCUCUCGGAUUCAUCAACGACUCAAAUGACAUUUCAAAUCGAAAUGCCAACCUACCUGACGAUACGACCAUCCUACAGCUUGUCUUCGAUGCUAACGACAUCUUAUGGUUGGUACGAUACAACAAGCAUCAAGAUAUUCUCUUUUCAAUCCCAUUGACUUACGUAGCUGGUGGAGGAUCGUUAGAGGUACCGGAAGCUGAAUCAAAUACCUAUUUGCGAGAUAUCAGACGUCUCUUGAUAAGAGCGGAUGAAAGCAUCACCGACCAGUCGAGUGAUGGAAAGGUCUUUUGGAAGGUUCGGACUGGACUGGAAAAGGAGUAUCAGGUAGGCUAAUCUAUUUAUUUUGAUAUGGGAUGGGUAGUGCUUGGUUAAAGAAAGGGCUAAUUUAGCUUUUAUGGGGGAGAUUGGAGGGGAGUUCAAAAUAAUAAUAACAUUUUCAGGAACUUCUACAACGCCUUGAAAACGCAUGGAUAACACCAUGGGCGCCAUUGUUCAAGCCAUUGUCAAGUAAUACAUUGAAGAAUACUUACUUCAGAAGAGCUAUGAAGGAUAUUAAUGAACUGUGUAGUCUUUCUACUGUUGCUAUAGUAAGUUUUGAAUGGUUGGGUGGGCUGUGAUUAGUUUUUCCUUAUUGUUAGUUUUAUGUUUUGUGAACUUUUUGUUAAGUUUUUUAAAAAUUUUAUUGUUUAGCUAACAACCAUGGCCUUGAUGUACACAACAACGAAAAAAGAAUUUAUGGAUUUGGCCAAAAAUCUACAAGGUCGUUUGGCUCCGUUUAUGAGCAUUAAACUAAGUACUACUGCUCUCGAAAAGUUCUACAGUACCCACGCUGAGAAAGUACGAGGAAUCGACAAGAACGUUGAACAAGAUUCCUUUUUGUUUCUGUCGUUGCCUGGAGUAAGUUGUUAUAGUGCUAAAACUGGCUGUUGAUAGGUUUUGUUGAGGAAAAGUAAGGUUUUCUAGGGUUUUUGAUAUCUAAAGGUUAAAGUAAGUUGUAAUUUGGUAUUAAUAUUGGCUUUCGGAUAUUUGUUUUUGGUUUGUAAGUGUCUUUUAUAUGCGUUAUUACAAUUUUUAUUUUUUUUUUCUUCUCCUUCAUUUAACCUUAUCUUUUUAGUCAAUGAGCUUUCUCCCCUGGGAAGCCUUCACCGUCUUCGAAGGAACUCUCGUCUCGAGAGUAGCUUCAAUCCAAAUUUUUGAAAUGUUGAAAUCCCGCCACAAAACUCUGCCAAAACCAGUGGACCUACGACAAACCUACUACGUUCUCAAUCCAUCUGGAGAUUUGAAGAAGACGGAGAAACGUCUGGGAGAAGUGCUACAGGUUUCGACGUGGGACGGCGUCAAAGGGAUUCAACCUCAGAAAGGCCAGGUCUUGGACGCUUUGACCAACCAAGACGUCUUUAUCUACAUUGGGCAUGGGAAUGGGAUCAAGUAUAUCGGGUCGACGAAUGCACUUCAGAAGAGCGAAUGUAGGGCAGCUUGUAUUCUGAUGGGAUGCUCAAGGUAAAUUUUUUGUGUAGUUUGCCUUAUGGUCAAGUAACUUUUUGUACAGUAUACAUCAAUAUGGUGUAAGAAUGCCAUUUUCGGCCUAACUUAAAAAAUGGCAAAAAAAUAUUUUUUGGGAUUUACAAGCAGGCCUGGACGUAGGGCAGGGCAGGGGCUCAAUUUGCGGCCCCCCCCUGGGGCCGGGUCGGGCAUUUGUAAAUUAAGUUUAUAAAGCUUAUAACAAGUGAAAUAAACUGCUUUAUAUCUAUCCGGCCUCACCCCUGACCCCUUUUCGUAAAUUACAAGACAUUGUAACGUGUUUUAGUGUGGAGAUAGCGGACGAAGGCAAAGGCUACGAUGGAAGGUCGGUCCUGCACGAGUUUGUGGUUUCACAUUGCCCAUGUUUGGUAGGAUGUUUGUAUACUGUAACCGAUGGCGAGAUCGACGGAGUCUUCAUGGAAUUGUUACGGUAUCUGAACGAAAAAGGAAGAAAGCCGAGUUCAGGGUAGGGCAUUUUUAUUUUAACUUUAAAAAGGUCACUUUAAGGGUGUGAAAAUUUUAAAGGGAUGUUCAUUUUUAUGUUGAGCAUGAGAAUCGACUUUUUAUGGAAGGCGAUGGGGGGGGUGAAUCCUCCUUUAGGCGAUGGCACCUGAUCCGCUAGAUUAAAAUGUUGCUUUCUAAAAUGAAUUCUAAUUUUCAGAGCCGAAACCUACCGUCUUCUUCUCCGAGGCGUGAUCCAAGCCCGGAAAAAGUGUCGUCUGAAGUUGCUGACCGGUCACGCUGUUGUAUGUUACGGAAUACCGACCAGAACCGAGAAUCCCAUCAUCGAAAUGGCAUCGGAAAUCGAAAAAAGAUCCAAAUAUUGA